UUUUAAAAAUAUUUAACAAAAAAAAGACCAUUUAGAAAAUGAGAAGGCAUGAUAAGCUAUUUUUUACUGCGCUUAAUGGUGCAAUAAAACUUUUCUUUACCCAUAGGUGAAUAACGCUCAGAAAAGCAUUUGCGCGGUCAAAAAAAUAUGUUCACACAAGGGUUAAAGAUUAUGAAUCAUUUACCGAGAAAGUUAAAUUUGGAUAUAUCCCCCCGUUUAAAAAGUAUUUUCCCCAAACGAGUCAGCAGUUUUAGUUCGACGACGAGUAGUUAAACAUCUGGGGACAUUUGUAGUUUUCUAGGAGUGCUACGCAUAAAAUAAUAUAAUUAAGAAAAACCAGAACUGAACACAGUGAAGAUGUACGGCAUUGAUAAUUAUCCGAAGAAUUAUCAUGCUAGUGGCAUUGGCCUUGUCAAUUUGGCGGCCUUGGGCUACAGCAAGAAUGAAGUCAGUGGUGGAAACACGGAGAGUACGAAGCCGAAGGCAGGUCUCUACCCUUCGCUGCCAUACCCCUCAGCCGAGUCCGUGGGUGGAAUGCCAUAUGUGGUAAAGCAGCACAAGGCAAGUUACGCACAGAAUGCAUCAUACCAGGGCGUGGGGAUGAGCCAGCCAACGCCUGGUCCGUCGGCCCCGUAUCCGUACGCAAGUGCGGCGCCAUACCCAGGCGCCGGUUUAUAUCCAAGUUUGCCGUCUGCCUCUUCAUCGUUGCCGUAUCCAUCUGCGCCCCUGGCCCCAUACCCGUCAUCGAUGCCGUAUCCGAGCAUGCCACAGCCUGGACUUCCGUAUCCAUCCGCUCCACUGGCCCCGUAUCCGAGUGCGAUGUCUGCAUUUCCCAGCAUGCCAAUGCCGUACGCCCCCUUGCCAACGAGUCCAGCUCCGCAGCAGACUGGUGGCUUUCCGUCUCUGCCAUAUCCGACGGCGCCGCCACCAGCCAGUGCGCCCACACAAGCGGAGGAGCCGUCUGUGGGAAUCGCCGAGCUGAGCUUCACCAGCGUCAAGGUGCCGGAGAAUCAGAACAUGUUCUGGAUGGGCCGCAAGGCCACCAGUAACCGCCAGACGAGCAUCCGAGGCGAUGAUUUUGCCUCGCUCCGCGACUCUUGUGUGGACAACGGUACGAUGUUUGAGGAUCCCGACUUUCCGGCCAACAAUGCCUCCUUGAUGUUCUCCAAGCGCCCUGAUCGAUACAUUGAAUGGCGUCGCCCUAACGAGAUUGUGGACGAUCCCCAGUUCUUUGUGGAGGGCUACUCACGCUUCGAUGUCCAGCAGGGCGAGCUAGGGGAUUGUUGGCUCUUGGCCGCUGCGGCGAAUCUCACCCAGGACUCGACGUUGUUCUUCCGCGUCAUCCCACCGGACCAGGACUUCCAGGAGAACUAUGCCGGCAUAUUCCACUUCAAGUUCUGGCAGUACGGCAAAUGGGUGGAGGUGGUCAUCGAUGAUCGCCUGCCCACCUAUAACGGCGAGCUUAUCUACAUGCACUCCACGGAGAGGAACGAGUUCUGGAGCGCCCUGCUGGAGAAGGCCUAUGCCAAGCUACAUGGCUCCUACGAGGCCCUCAAGGGCGGCACCACCUGCGAGGCAAUGGAGGACUUCACCGGCGGUGUAACCGAGUGGUAUGACAUCAAGGAGGCUCCACCAAAUCUAUUCAGCAUCAUGAUGAAGGCUGCCGAACGUGGCUCGAUGAUGGGCUGCUCUCUGGAGCCGGAUCCGCAUGUGCUGGAGGCCGAGACACGCGAGGGCCUGAUUCGUGGACACGCGUACUCCAUCACCAAGGUGUGCCUCAUGGAUAUAUCGACGCCGAAUCGCCAGGGCAAGAUGCCAAUGAUCCGCAUGAGGAAUCCCUGGGGCAACGACGCUGAGUGGAGCGGCCCGUGGAGUGACAGUUCUGCCGAGUGGCGUUUCAUUCCCGAGCAUGCAAAGGAGGAGAUUGGCCUGAACUUCGAUCGCGACGGUGAGUUCUGGAUGUCCUUCCAGGACUUCCUGAAUCACUUUGAUCGCGUGGAGAUCUGCAACUUGAACCCGGACUCACUGACGGAGGAUCAGCAGAACAGCUCGCGCCGCAAGUGGGAGAUGUCGAUGUUCGAGGGCGAAUGGACCUCGGGAGUGACAGCGGGUGGAUGCCGUAACUUCUUGGAGACCUUCUGGCACAAUCCGCAGUACGUCAUUUCGCUGGAGGAUCCCGACGACGAGGAUGACGACGGCAAGUGCACCGUCAUUGUGGCCCUAAUGCAGAAGAAUCGUCGCAGCAAGCGCAACGUGGGCAUCGACUGCCUCACUAUUGGCUUUGCCAUCUACCAUCUCACGGACCGCGACCUACAGGUGAAGCCGCAGGGCCUCAACUUCUUCAAGUAUCGCGCCUCGGUGGCCCGUUCGCCGCAUUUCAUCAACACGCGAGAGGUGUGCGCCCGCUUUAAGCUGCCGCCUGGACACUAUCUGAUCGUGCCCUCGACCUUUGACCCCAACGAGGAGGGAGAGUUUAUCAUUCGCGUCUUCUCGGAGACAUUGAACAACAUGGAGGAGAACGACGAUGAGGUUGGCUUUGGAGAGACUGACGAUCGCAUUGCUCCCGCCUUGCCGCCGCCCACGCCCAAGGAAGAGGAUGAUCCACAGCGCAUCGCCCUGCGACGCCUCUUCGACAGCGUGGCCGGCAGCGACGAGGAGGUGGACUGGCAGGAGCUGAAGCGCAUUCUGGACCACUCGAUGCGCGACGUUAUGGUGGGCACCGAUGGCUUCUCCAAGGAUGCCGUGCGUUCAAUGGUGGCCAUGCUGGACAAGGAUCGCUCUGGCCGCCUGGGCUUCGAUGAGUUCGAGGCUCUGCUGACGGACAUUGCCAAGUGGCGGGCCGUCUUCAAGCUGUACGACACCCGGCGCACUGGCAGCAUCGAUGGCUUCCAUUUGCGCGGAGCUCUCAAUUCGGCUGGCUAUCAUCUGAAUAAUCGGCUACUCAAUGCCUUGGCGCAUCGAUACGGCAGCCGCGAGGGACAGAUACCGUUCGAUGACUUCCUGAUGUGUGCCAUCAAAGUGAGGACCUUCAUCGAGAUGUUCCGCGAACGGGACACAGACAACUCGGAUACGGCCUUCUUCAACCUGGACGAUUGGCUGGAGCGCACCAUAUACUCAUAGACGGAAGGUGGCAGGCAGGGCCACAAUCGUUGCAAUUUACAAUCGCUUUCAAUUGAUACUAAUCUAAUCCUAAGUGCCACAUUUACUUAAUCCACAUUCUACACAUGAUCUGGAGAACAUACAGAACCAUGACGCGCUACUUGUACAGCCUGCAGAUUGAGAUACAGUCAUCCGCUAUGCUAACAAAUGAAUCUUAUCAAACGACCAAAACCGGAAAUAAUGUGCGGUAAUUGAAGUGACCUUGGAACACAGCUCGAGGUGGCGAUACACGAUAAACGCCACAAAAACCCAAAUGGUGCUUUGUAUACGCCACAGACAGUCAGUCGUUCAUAUACUAAAAGCUAUAUAUACUAGAUGCUUUAUAGAGCAUUUUUAUGGCCGCUGCUGGAGGGAUGACUAAGAGAGCAAAAAUCAAAAGUUCUUCUAAGCAUUUCAUGCACCUCAUUAAGAGCCGGAAAUUAGCCAGUACAAACUGAAACUGAAAUGUGCAUUACUAAACCAUUACAUAUGCUACGAGAUACUCGUACAGUCAUCACAUAUAAACUAAAAUUAAGUCAAUUUUUACUGCAUAUAUAUAUACUGUACAUAUAUGUAGAAUCCAUAUGCAUAUAUUUUUUGAAUAUCAUCGUAAUCUCUGCACCGACAGCCGCUGUAUUUGUUCAGGUGAUAAACUGAAACGAACAGAGCUACCUUUUUGUUACUGCUGGAACUGUUACUGGCAGUUAGGAAUGGAGCGAAGCAACUGAAUCACUCAUCGAAUCAAUGUAAUCUUUAAGAGAGUAAGCUAACCCCCUCCCCAGUAUCGAAAUUUAAAAUUUAAAAACAUUUAAAUAUGUCAAAAAAACUAUUAAAAAAAUUUAUAUAUAUACUUUUGUUUCUAUGUGUAAUAUUUCUAAACUACUCGUAAUUUGGAAAGAGGCUGUCUAUGCUCUUUGCGUAACUUGCAAACAAACUAACGAAUAUAAUUCCCAAAAAUAUUGUUUAUAAUCGAAUUGUUAUUGUCUGUAAAUGAUAUUGUUGUAUGCUGAUGUUUUUUUUAUAUAAAAUAAACUGCAGAUUUGCGAGUA